CCCGGAUAUAUACACUAAGGCUUUACGAAAACGGCUCAAACUCUAGGACGUCGAGCGGUUGUUGAGUGUACUGCGUCACUAUAGCAAGAUGUCCAAAAAGAAAAAAGCAUCCUCGUCUGUCAGUGAAGAGAAUGAUGUUGACCAAAGUCGAAUGCCCGUAUCUGAGUUACAUGGCAGCAUUACUAUCACCGUGCUUGCUAAACCUGGAGCCAAACAGACCGCUAUCACCGAGAUCACAAGUGAUGGGGUAAGCGUGCAGAUUGCAGCUCCUGCUCGAGAUGGAGAUGCCAAUGCAGCGCUCGUUGCGUUUAUUGCCAAGGUCCUUGCUAUCCGGAAGAGUGAUGUACGACUGGACAAGGGGUCAAAGUCACGACUGAAAACUCUAUCUAUUUCAUCAGACGCUGGUCUCCCAGUGGCAACUAUACUAGAGCGUCUGCACUCGGAAAUUGAGAAACGGUCAUAAAGGUAUCAUCAGCGUGUUAUACAGAGCAAUGAACCAAACUUUUUGCCAAAUAAACAUUAUAGCAGAGUUCACAGCUAAGAGACAGCUACGUGUUGUUGAGUUCAAGUGGCAUGCAGAGAUGAGAGCAUGCAAAGUGGAA